AUGCUCGUUUUCCUAAAAAUCUUGCAUAUUAACUCAUUUUGUCUUUGUUCUUACUUCAAAUGGAGAAAUAUUGGAGAAACUAAAUCAAUUUCUAUAGAAUGGGAAGUAGUUGAAGUAGCUGCUCUACCCAAAGAGGCCAUACCCUUUCAACAAGGCUAUGAUGUUGCUGGUGUGGUAAUUAAAAUUGGCGGCAACGUAAAAGGUCUUAAAGAAGGCUGCUAUUCAGCUCUGGCAAUCGAAACUGCCUAUGAAGGUCUUGAAAGGGCUGGACUUUCUGCCGGAAAAUCCGUACUUGAUUUAAGGAGUGCCGGUGGAAUCGAUGAACCCUUACUUUUGUUUCUUCUUGAAUACUAUAAUUCAGUCCAAUCCACCUUAUCAAACACUAGUUUUGACGUCGUUUAUGAUGCUGUCGGGCAAGGAGACAGGGCAGUGAAAGCAGUGAAGGAAGGUGGCAGUGUAGUAUUUAUAACUGGUGAAGCAGUGCCACCUGGGUUUUUCUUUAGGCUACAUUCGGAUGGAGAAAUACUGAAGAAACUAAAUCCAUUUCUGGAGAGCGGGAAGAUAAAGCCGGUGCUCGACCCAAAGGGGCCAUAUCCUUUCAACAAGGUUAAUGAAGCUUUUGCUUAUCUGGAAACAAACCGAGCCACCGGGAAAGUGGCUAUAUUUCCUAUCAAUCCAUGAUCAGCAACAAAGAAUACUAUGUCUGUUCUGGCUAAAAAUAUAUGAUAGUUUGGUGUUAAGAGUAGAAAUGUAGUUGUGAAUAUUCUGAAUAAAUAUAAAAUGAGUGGAAAAUCUUGUUGUUAAUGUUAAAGUAUGUUGUGACUGGCAUAUGUAUUAGCACAUGUAAAAUAGAGAAUAAUGAAUAUGAGCCAUUCUGCAAUUUUAUUACU